AUGGUGAACCACAGAUUGUGGUUAAGGCCAAAGCUUCCAGCUUCUGUGAACGUUCCUACCAUUAAAAGAGCUCCAACACUUCUUCUUCAACUUCUCAUCUUUACUUUUUUGCUUUUUUUGGCGCCAUGGAUUCGCCUUCGUAUAUACGAUCCAGUGAUCGCCGUUGAAAUAAAAUUAUCGCCAAUUCCGGACUGCGUGACGUGGAAUCGCACCGGAAUUUGCCCCAAAAUUCAUCCAGCCUCUUCGCCGGCGAAGGAGAGAAGCGGGUCCAGCUGCCCCGAUUACUUCCGAUGGAUCGACGAGGACCUGCGCCACUGGAGGAAAACAGGGAUCACCGAGAGGACGGUGGCGGGGGCGCGGCGCACGGCGCACUCCCGGCUGACGAUUUUGGGCGGGAAAAUGUACGUGGAGAAUUUCAAAGAGGCGUUCCAGUCGCUCGCCUUGUUCACGCUGUGGGGGUUCGCGCAGCUGAUGAGGAGGUAUGGUGGAAAAUUGCCCGAUUUGGAGCUGAUGUUCGACUGCAACGAUCGGCCGGUGGUGAAAGCGGAGAAAUAUGCGGCGGAGGGAGCGGUUCCGCCGCCGCUCUUCAAGUACUGCGCGGAUAAUAGCACCUUCGAUAUCGUCUUCCCCUAUUGGAGCUUUUGGGGCUGGGCAGAGGUAAAUAUAAAGCCAUGGAGCAAUUUUUUGAAAGAGACUAAAGAAGGGAUGGAGAUGUUAAAAUGGGAGGAUAGAGCGCCCUACGCCUUCUGGAAGGGUAACCCCAAGGUUUCCCGCCAAAGACACCUACUCUUCAAAUGCAACCCCACUCGUCUAAACGACUGGAAUGCCCGCAUUUAUGCCCUCGAUUGGGAACAAGAAGCUCAAAGAGGAUUAAAUCAAUCCAAUCUUGCAAAGCAGUGCACCCACAGGUACAAGAUUUAUGCAGAAGGACAGGGAUGGUCUGUGAGUAAGAAAUACAUUCUAGCCUGCAACUCUCCCACAUUGCUCAUCUGGUCGCGUUGGCACGACUUCUUCACCCGGUCCCUCGUCCCCCAACGACAUCACUGGCCGGUUCGAGACUCCCAAAUGUGCAAGUCUAUCAAAUUUGCUGUUGAAUGGGGCAACAAUCACACUACAAAGGCCAAGGAGAUUGGUGAGGCCGGGAGCCAUUUCGCCCGCGAGGCUCUGAGAAUGGAGAAUGUUUACGAUUACAUGUUUCAUCUGUUAAGUGAGUACGCGAAGCUGUUCAAGUACAAGCCAAAGAUCCCUUCAAACGCGAUUGAGCUCUGCUCCGAGGCGCUGGCUUGCAACACAGAUGGGAAAUGGAAGGAGUUCAUGGAGGAAUCCAUGGAGAAGUUUCCUAGUGAUUCGCCUCCGUGCACGUUGCCUCCACUUUUUGACCUCGGACCGUUUGCACAGGCGAAAAUGGAGGCCGUGGAUGAGGUGGAGGCAUGGGAAGAUGAGUAUUGGAGGAAAAAAGACAAUGUACAUUGA